AUGGAGAAGAAGCGAUCAUGCUACACUGUAUUGAUACCAACUCUCUUGACCAUAUGGCUAACAUGCGCGAGCCAAUCCUGUGCACGCCAUGCUAAGGCAAAGCAUCCCAUGGCCGGACCACCACGGUGUCCCAACUGUGGACCGGUGGUUGUACCUUACCCGCUAAGCACAGGUCCAAACUGCGGCGAUCAAGCCUACAAGAUAAACUGUGUCGGGGGUAAGCUUUAUUUCGGCGCUCUUCAUGGCUCAUCGUACGUCAUCACAUCCAUUAACCCUGUGACCCAGCGGAUCCUUCUCCACCCGCCCGGUUUUGCUAGCUCCGGAUCUUGCAUCUCUGGUGAUGUCUCUAAAGCUGGCCUUGAGCUCGACCCACGUCUCCCUUUCAGCAUCACUAGUAGUAACACUAUCAUGUUGCUUAGUUGCCCUGAAACUAUGCUACAGGCGCCAAUAGAUUGUACCGGAACCAGCUUAUGCCACAGCUACAUCAAGAACAACGCACCAGCUUGCUCCAAGGCUCCCUUUUGUUGCACCUUCAGAACCGACGGGUCUCAGACCGCUUACACGAUCAGGAUCAACGGUGGUGGAUGUCUCGCGUACCAGAGCUUUGUGGGGUUGAACCCAAACAAAGAGGUUCCUCCUCCCGGGACUAAAUGGCCCGAACCGGGACUAGAGUUGCAGUGGGCACUGCCUAAAGAACCGGUUUGCAAAACAGAUGUGGACUGUAACGUUCUGUUAGGUAAAUCAAAGUGCUUGCCUGACCCAACCAGUCUCGGCCUGAAACGUUGCUCCUGCAAAAAGGGUUUGGAAUGGGAUCCGGUUAACGCAACAUGUGGUAAAUGUCGCCGUGGGAAACACUGCAAGAAAAAGAAGAAGACAGUCGUUUUUGCAGGUGCGGCUGCUGCGGUUGUGGGAGUGACAUUGGCGAUUGCGGUUGCUGUGAUUGCAAACAAACACAGCCACCAAAAGGUCAAGAAAGAGAUCCACAAGAACAUCGUCAAGGAGCGAGAAGAGAUGCUCAGCGCAAAAUCCACCGGAAAAUCAUCAAGAAUCUUCACAGGCAGAGAGAUCACAAAAGCGACCAACAACUUCUCAAAAGAUAAUCUCAUAGGCACCGGAGGCUUCGGAGAAGUGUUCAAAGCCGUUCUUGAAGACGGAACCGUCACCGCAAUCAAACGAGCAAAGCUUAACAACACAAAAGGCACUGAUCAGAUCCUAAACGAAGUUCGAAUCCUCUGCCAAGUCAAUCACAGAAGCUUAGUCAGGCUACUCGGUUGCUCCGUCGACCUCGAGCUACCUCUCUUGAUCUACGAGUUUAUCCCCAACGGAACUCUCUUCGAGCAUCUCCACGGCAAUCCAGAACGCAACUACAAACCGCUGACUUGGCGGAGAAGACUACAGAUCGCAUACCAAACCGCUGAAGGCUUAGCUUAUCUCCACUCCGCAGCAAUGCCACCAAUCUACCACCGCGACGUGAAAUCGAGCAACAUCUUGCUCGAUGAGAAGCUAAACGCCAAAGUUUCAGACUUUGGACUCUCGAGGCUCGUGGACUUGACUGAGAUUUCAAACAACGAGAGCCAUAUCUUCACAGGCGCGCAAGGUACAUUAGGCUAUCUCGAUCCUGAGUACUACCGGAACUUCCAGCUGACCGAUAAGAGCGACGUGUAUAGCUUCGGAGUUGUGCUUCUGGAGAUAGUUACGUCGAAAAAGGCGAUAGAUUUCAGUAGAGAAGAGGAAGAUGUGAACCUGGUCAUGUAUAUCAACAAGAUGAUGGAUGAAGAGAGGUUGGUUGAGUGCAUUGAUCCGGUGCUCAAGAAGACUGCUAACAAGGUUGAUCUGCAGACCAUGCAACAGCUCGGGAAUUUGGCGUCUGCGUGUCUUAACGAGCGGAGACAGAACAGGCCUUCCAUGAAAGAGGUUGCUGAUGAGAUCGAAUACAUCAUCAAUGUUCUGUCUCAAGAGGUGGUUACUGAGACUGGGACUGAGACAGAGUUGUCUUAA